AGACUGUUCAUUUCCAGCCACGCUGAGUGUUGGGGGGGACAGCACACUUUUGACUUUGUUUAAGUCAGAUCUCACAGAGGAAUAUACUUUUUCUUCACGAUAUCCAACGGAUCAGCAAGAACCAGAGGAAAAGAGUAAGGAAAAAAGCUUACAAGGAUUUCUUCUCUCAUUUUUUUUUCUAAUUGAAUUGAGAAGCACGUGACAGCCGGUUUUGCCACUGGAUUCUUUCACACAACAGGACGUGAGAUUAUCUUUAUUAUUUUCCUUUCAUGUUGUGAUUUUCAGUUUUACUUUGAGAGAGCAUACUGAUAUAAAGCACAAUGGUUGCUGGAAUGCUGAUGCCCCUGCGGGAACUGAGGGCUAUCUAUGAGGUCCUGUUCAGGGAUGGUGUCAUGGUGGCCAAGAAGGACAAGAGGCCUCAGGCCAAGCACCCUGAGAUAGAAGGUGUGAGCAACUUACAAGUAAUCCGUGCCAUGGGGUCUCUUAAGUCUCGGGGUUAUGUGAAAGAGACUUUUGCCUGGAGACAUUUUUACUGGUACUUGACCAACGAGGGCAUUGUUUACCUGCGUGACUACCUCCACCUGCCCCCUGAGAUUGUUCCUGCCUCCUUGCAGAGGAUCAGGAAGCCAGCUGCCACCCUGGCCAUUGCCCACCGGGCUUCUCGGGUCCAAUCUGUAGAAGGUCCUACUUCUUAUGUUCCUAAGCCAGGACGCAGGGGUGAAGCAGAGAGCCAGGAGUCUCUGGCUGAGCGUCAAGGCUACCGCCAUAAGAUGAUGGAUCCUGGAGAAAAAGAGAGCUACUCUGAUAGGACCCCCAGGUUUAGGGGUCGUCCGCUGGCUGCAGAACCAGUCAGGCCAAAAGCAUCAUGGGAAAUGGAGGACCAGCGUCAACCUCUGUUUAGGAGGGGAAACAACUUCAGAAAUGAGUCAGCAAUGAUGGAGGAUGGCAGGGUGAGAAGAGUCUCUCAUCAGCAGCCUGAUGUGAGCAGUGAGAAGCCAGUAACAGCCUCACAGGAGAGAAGAGUGGCUGAAGUCCAAAAGGAGGCACCAAUUUCUGCCCAGACUCAGAGAGCAGCUUUGAAACAGGAUGCGCCACAGACCACUCUUACAUCAGUGUUCUCCAAGGCAGCCCUACCAUUAAGUGUGGCUGCUGUUGCUGAGGCUACAGGUGCUGCAACAUCAAAGAUUGCAGCUGAACCAUCCACUGCCAAAAUAAAUACAGAGAAGCUCAAGAUCGCUGAUGAAAAAGCUUCCAUGAAGCCUAAGGAAGUGGUAACAAGCAAUUCAGCUAUAACAAUGCUUCCUGAUACAGUAGUCAAAGAGGAGAAGACAAAAAAGGUGAUUGUGGAUCCAAUUAAAUCUGCACAGGUUGAGGCUAUGGCUGAAACUGUGCACGAUAAAUCAAAGCCCCAGGCAGUUACUACAAUGGCUGCCUCUCAGGAAACCUCCAGUCUGCUUACUCCCAAUGCCACUCCUGUCAUCACAAAACCUGUCAAAAAAGAUAUCAAGGAGGAGAAAACAAUUAAGGUGAUCAUGGAUUCUAUUCAGUCUGCAGAGAUCAAGGCUACAAGUGAAAUGGUAAAUGAUAAAGAAAAACCCCAAGAAGUUAUGACAAAGGCUGCUGCUCCAGAAAUGCCCAGUCUUUUCACUGACACAUACACUUUCAGCCCUGUCAUCACAAAACCUGCCAAGAAAGAUGUCAAAGGAGAGAAGACAACAAAAGUGAUUGUAGAUCCAGUUAAAUCUGCAGAGGCCAAGGCCACAGCUGAAACAGCACCCGAUAACAUGACGGCCCAGCCACUUAUCACAAAGGCUGCUGCUCAGGAAACCUCCAAACUCAUUACUGACGCCAACACUGCCACCCCUGUCAUCACAAAACCUGUCAGUAAAGAUGUGAAGGAAGAGAAGGCAAAAAAGAUGAUUGUGGAUCCAGUUAAAUCUGCAGAGGUCAAAACCACAGCCAAACCAGCAACUGAUAACAUGAUGGCCCAGCCAGCUAUCACAAAGGCUGCUGCUCAAGAAACCUCCACAAUCAUUACUACCACUGUGACUUCCACCUCUAUCAUCACAAUACCUGUCAGUAAAGAUGUGAAAGAAGAGAAGGCCAAAAAGGUGAUUGUGGUGGAUCCAGUUAAAUCUGCAGAGACCAAGGCUACAGAUGAAACGGCACCUGUUAACAUGACGGCCCAGCCGGUUAUCACAAAGGCUGCCACUCAGGAAGCCUCCACACUCAUUGCAGACACUGACACAUCAAUCCCUGUCAUCGCAAAACCUGUCAGUAAAGUUGUGAAGGAUGAGAAGGCCAAAAAGGUGAUUGUGGAUCCAGUUCAAACAGAGGCCAAGGCUAUAGCUGAGACAGCACCAGAUAACAUAAAGGAUGGCCCAGUUAUCACAAAGGCUGCUGCACAGGAAACCUCCACACUCAUUACUGCCACUGCCACCACCCCUGUCAUAACAAAACCUGACAGUAAAGACAUCAAGGAGGAGAAGCUUAAGAGUGCAAAGGUCAAUGAGGAAUCAGUUAAACCUGCAGAAGCGAAGACCCCAGUUGAAUCCAAAACAGAUGAUGAGAAAGCCAAGAAAACUGCCAAAGUAACUGUUACUCAGGAGACCACCAAACCCCCAACUGACAGUACCACCAGGGAGCCAGUGUCAUCCACUAAUGCAGAAAAAGGGCUCUCUAAAGUUAAAGUGACUCAGGUGCCCACUGAUGCUGAAGUGACCUCAGUGAAUCUCUCAACAAAGAAACCCACUGUGGUGUCCUCAAUAUUUGAAGUUAAAACUACUAUUAGUAAAACAACUCUCUCUGCACCAACUGCCAGUUCUGAAGACGCAAAACCCGUCAAAGGGAAAGCUACAGAUACAGAGAAGAAAGAUGAAAAAAUAGUGCCAGAUGAGGCCCUUAAAGCCUCAGUACAGGGCCCGACAUUAGCGCAAAAAGAGUCACCUCAGGUCAGUGAAAAUGUUGCCACUACGGAGGUGGUUACGGAAACCAAACCAGUAGUUGAGGGAAGCUCUAAAUCGAAAAGGAAGAAAAAGAAAUCUCAAGGUGAGAGAUCCAAGAGUGUUGAGGAACAACCUGAGUCAAAGAUGGAGAAGGAUAAACCCUGUGUAGACACGCCCCCUAAGGAGGUGGCUGAAAAAACCCUUCAACCCACGUCAGUGACUACCUCAGAGCGACAGACCGUGUUUACCAGCAUAAAGACUGAGGGGCCGGUAGAGGAAAAAAAGACUCAGGCUAAAAUAGAUACUGAUGGAGGGAAAAUAAAGAAGGCCCCUAAACAAACUAAAAUGGAGCCAGUAGUGGAAGUCUCUAAACAAACUAAGGACCAAAGUAUUUCUGAAGUAGCAUCACGACCACAAGAUCAGAUCCCAGCAGUGCCCCCAGUGGUGCUCAAAGAUGAUGCACAAGUAAAAGAGAAGGUUGAGGGAAGCAGUGUCAGCAAAAAAACACAUGGACCAUUAUGCUCUGAGGACAAGUUAACUGCUAAAUUGCCCCACGCGGAGUCAGUGAAGUCUGAGGAAUUGACUGUCACUAAAGUGGAAACAGUGACUGUGCAGAGAAUAACCCAAGUGGAGCUCAUACAAGCAAGUCCUAAACCUGAAGGGAAAAGCCCUGUGCCAGCAUCAGAAUCUCAGAAACCCACAGUUGAGACUAAAUCCUUAAUAAGCACGGGGAAAGCAGCAGAGGAAUCUUCAAAAGGGAAGAAAAAAGGUAAAGGGAAGAAGCAGGCGCAGGCACCACCAUCAGACACCAUAAACACAAAGCCUGUCUUUUUGCCUGAAGCUGAACCAUCCCCUAACAUUACAUCAUUGCCCAAGGCAACAGUUAAAGACAGUCGUGUCACGACCUCUGAAGUGACAGAACUAAAUGUUUCUCCAAAGAUGACUCCUGAAAGAAUGUGCAUUGAGGAAACCAAGCAGGCAGCAGCUGUGCUCUGUGAGGCCCCGGCAGACAAAGGGGAGGUGGAGCCAGCGCUGCUCUUUACAGAAAAAAUCAAGCGGGAGGUUCCGAAACCAAAAACAUCCUCCACUGCGAGGGAAGCACCCGCAGCCGGAGAAUUAGCGUCAGCAGCACCAGCGGUAACAGCACAGGCAGCUGUAGCUCCGGCUCAAGCCAGCCCCCUCGACAAGCAAGAGGAGCCUCCCAGAGUUGCACAACAUUCAGCCAGUCAGGCAGCAGAGCGCAGCACAGAGAAAAGGCUCUCUGUUUCCGCGGCCUUAAAACAGGAGGAAGAGAAGAAGAAGGACUUGGAAGAGGACACACCCUCUGCCACUGCCACACCCGCAGCUGACCAGCCUGACCAGCUUCACCUGGUGGACAACUGUGAGUCCGGAAGCUCAGACACAGACGAGGCCGCCAUGAGGAAGAAAAUUGUAGUGGUUGAAGAGAUAAUUGAGGUGAAGCAGAUUAUUAGUCCUGAUGCAGGGGGGCAGUCACCUCCUCCACCUGUGAUACCUGCGGAGGAUGAAGAGGAACUGGAUCUGGAUGUUCUGGAAGAAAUUGCCAUAGAGCGUGCACUUUUGGCAGCGGCACCAGGGGUCAGAGUGGAAGGAGCCUCACCUGAGGAAGACUGGGACCACUCACUGGAGGCGCCAGAGGAGAAGCAAUGGCCUAACUUCUUAGAAGAUGAACGAGAUCGAGUACAAAAAAAGACCUUCACAAAAUGGGUGAACAAGCACUUGAUGAAGCAUCGGAGGCCAGAGGCGCAGCGUCACGUGACAGACCUGUAUGAAGAUCUUCGCGAUGGACAUAACCUGAUCUCGCUGUUGGAGGUUCUCUCUGGAGAAACGCUGCCCAGAGAGAAAGGUCGCAUGCGAUUCCACAAACUGCAGAAUGUACAGAUAGCACUGGACUUCCUCAGACACCGGCAGGUCAAGCUGGUUAACAUCAGAAACGAUGACAUAGCAGAUGGGAACCCCAAGCUGACCCUGGGGUUAAUAUGGACCAUCAUCCUCCACUUCCAGGUCUCCUCUUCUAUCUCAGAUAUUCAGAUCAAUGGGCAGUCAGAAGACAUGACAGCCAAGGAGAAGCUGCUGCUCUGGUCCCAGAGGAUGACGGACGGCUACCAGAACAUCCGCUGUGAUAAUUUCACCACCAGUUGGAGGGACGGCAAGCUCUUCAACGCCGUCAUUCACAAACACUAUCCCAGACUCAUCGACAUGGGCAAAGUGUACAGACAGACCAACCUGGAGAAUCUGGAACAGGCCUUCGGUGUGGCAGAGAGAGACCUGGGAGUGACACGCCUACUGGACCCUGAGGAUGUUGAUGUCCCACACCCUGAUGAGAAGUCCAUCAUCACUUACGUAUCAUCUCUGUAUGAUGUUAUGCCUCGGGUUGAUGUACACGAUGGCAUCAGAGCUAACGAGCUGGAGCUGCGCUGGCAGGAGUACUACGAACUGGUGACUGUUCUGCUCCAGUGGAUCCGCCACCAUGUCAUGAUCUUCGAGGAGAGGAAGUUCCCGAGCAGCUAUGAGGAGAUAGAGCUCCUGUGGCGCCAGUUCUUGAAGUUCAAAGAGACCGAGCUGCCAGUGAAAGAGACCGACAAGAACCGGUCUAAACACAUCUACCAGUCCUUUGAGAGUGCCGUGCAUGCUGGUCAGGUGAAAGUCCCUCCAGGCUACCAUCCCAUCGAUGUGGAGAAAGAAUGGGGUAAACUCCAUGUGGCCAUCUUGGAAAGAGAACGGCUGCUCAGGAUAGAGUUUGAGAGACUUGAGAGGCUCCAGAGAAUUGUCACUAAAGUCCAGAUGGAGUCGGGUACAUGCGACGACCAACUCAACCACCUGGAGACCCUUCUGCAGAAGGACAUUCGUCUGAUGAAUGCAGGGAAACCACCUCAGCACACAGCAGAGGUGGAGAGAGAGCUGGACAAAGCAGACAACGUGAUUCGCCUGCUCUUCAACGAUGUGCAGGUACUCAAGGAUGGGCGCCACCCUCAGGCUGAACAGAUGUACCGCAGGGUUUACCGCAUCCAUGAACGCCUGGUGAACCUGCGCAGCGAUUACAACCUCCGCCUGAAGACCUCUGUGAUAACUGUCCAGGCUCCCACCCAGCAUACCAUCGUUAAAGCACGGCCCGAGAUGGAUGAUGUGACCCUUCGCUAUGUCAAAGACCUCCUGGCAUGGGUGGAGGAGAACCAGCUUCGCAUUGAUGAGGCUGAGUGGGGAUCUGAUCUGCCCUCUGUGGAGUCCCAGCUGGGCAGCCACAGGGGCCUGCACCAAACUGUGGAGGACUUCCGAUCCAAGAUUGAACGUGCCAAGGCCGAUGAGAGCCAGCUAUCUCCUGUUAGCAAGGGUGCAUACAAAGAGUACCUGGGUAAACUGGACCUUCAGUAUGGCAAACUACUGAACUCUUCCAAGUUCCGCCUGAGGAACUUAGAUUCACUCCACGCCUUUGUCAGCGCUGCCACCAAGGAACUGAUGUGGUUAAAUGACAAAGAAGAAGAGGAGGUCAACUUCGACUGGAGUGACAGGAACACCAACAUGACAGCCAAGAAAGACAACUACUCGGGUCUCAUGAGAGAGCUGGAGCUGAGGGAGAAGAAAGUCAAUGACAUCCAGGCCAUGGGAGACAAACUUGUCAGGGAUGGACAUCCUGGCAAGAAGACAGUUGAGGCCUUUACAGCCGCUCUGCAGACUCAGUGGAGCUGGAUCCUCCAGCUGUGCUGCUGUAUCGAGGCUCAUCUCAAAGAAAACACAGCCUACUACCAGUUCUUUGGCGAUGUCAAAGAGGCUCAGGACAAGAUGAAGAAAAUUCAAGAGAAUAUGAAAAAGAAAUACAGCUGUGAUCGCACCACCACAGCCACACGUCUGGAGGAUCUGCUGCAGGAUGCUGUGGAGGAAAAAGAACAGCUGAAUGAAUACAAGACCCUUGUGAAUGGCCUGAACAAGAGAGCCAAGUCCAUCAUCCAGCUGAAACCACGCAACCCCACCACCGCCAUCAAAGGCAAACUGCCCAUUCAGGCCGUCUGUGACUUCAAGCAACAGGAGAUCACUGUCCAUAAAGGAGAUGAGUGUGCACUCCUCAACAACUCGCAGCCCUUCAAGUGGAAGGUCCUGAACCGCUCUGGACACGAGGCGAUAGUGCCCUCCGUCUGCUUCAUGGUACCUCCUGUCAACAAGGAGGCCGUGGACAGUGUGUCCAGUCUGGAUGCAGGUCAUCAGCAGUUGGUGUCUAUGUGGCAGAAGCUCCAUAUCGACAUGAAGAGCUUGCUGUCAUGGCAGUACCUGAUGAGAGACUUCACACAGAUACGUUCCUGGAACAUCACCAUGUUAAAGACCAUGAAACCAGAGGAGUACAGGCUGCUGAUGAGGAACCUGGAAAUCCACUACCAGGACUACAUACGUGACAGCCAGGACUCGCAGCUCUUUGGCCCAGAUGACCGCACGCAGGUCGAGGAGGACUACACCAAGUCGACGCAGCAUUUCGACAACCUGCUUCGCUCCAUGGAGAAAGGGCUAAGGGUUAUUAAGCUCAAAGGUCAACAGGAUGAGACCCUGUGUAAGAACUACAUCUCUGAGAUCAAGGACCUGCGUGUGCGUAUAGAGGACUGUGAGACUGGGACUGUGGCUCGCAUACGCAAACCUAUGGACAAGGAACCACUGAAAGAAUGUGUUCAGAAGACAACAGACCAGAAGAAAGUCCAAGUAAAGCUUGAGGGCCUCAAAAAGGACCUUGAUAAGGUGUCUGUGAAGACACAAGAGGUCCUGGCCUCCCCUCAGCCGUCUCCCUCAGCUCCUGUCCUGCGCUCAGAGCUUGACCUCACUGUCGAGAAGAUGGAUCAUGCUUACAUGCUCUCCUCGGUUUAUCUUGACAAGCUGAAGACUGUGGAAAUGGUCAUCCGUAACACACAGGGUGCUGAAGGAGUUCUCAAGCAGUACGAGGACUGUCUGCGUGAGGUUCACACCGUGCCAGGCGAUGUCAAGGAAGUAGAGGCUUACAGAACAACACUUAAGAAAAUGCGGGCUGAGGCUGAAGGUGAACAGCCAGUGUUUGAUUCUCUGGAAGAAGAGCUGAAGAAGGCCACUGCAGUGAGUAACAAGAUGUCACGUGUGCACAACGAGCGUGACGUCGAGCUGGACCACUACCGCCAGCAGCUGUCUAAUCUUCAGGACCGCUGGAAGGCUGUGUUCACCCAGAUAGAUAUUCGCCAGAGAGAGCUAGAGCAGCUUGGCCGCCAGCUAGGCUACUAUCGUGAUAGCUAUGAUUGGCUGAUGCGCUGGAUUUCUGAUGCCAAGAAGAGGCAGGAGAAGAUCCAGGCUGUGCCCAUCACUGACAGCAAAACUCUGAAAGAACAACUGGCCCAGGAGAAGAAUCUGCUGGAGGAGAUUGAGGGUAACAAAGACAAAGUUGAUGAGUGUCAAAAAUAUGCUAAAGCAUACAUUGAUACGAUCAAGGACUAUGAACUCCAGUUGGUGGCCUAUAAAGCUCAUGUAGAUCCUCUUGCUUCACCCUUGAAGAAAAGCAAACUGGAUUCUGCUUCUGACAACAUCAUUCAGGAGUAUGUAACACUGAGGACCAGGUACAGUGAGCUGAUGACACUGACAAGUCAGUACAUCAAGUUCAUCACCGACACGCAGCACCGCCUGGAGGACGAGGAGAAAGCUGCAGAGAAACUCAAAGCGGAAGAGCAGAAAAAAAUGGCCGAGAUGCAGGCCGAGUUAGACAAACAGAAGCAGUUAGCUGAAGCUCACGCAAAGGCUAUUGCCAAAGCUGAGAAAGAAGCUCAAGAGCUGAAGCUCAGAAUGCAGGAAGAAGUGAGCAAGAGAGAGGUUGCUGCUGUAGAUGCAGAAAAGCAAAAGCAGAACAUCCAGCAGGAACUGCAUGAGCUCAAGAACCUCUCAGAGCAGCAGAUCAAGGACAAAAGUCAACAGGUGGAUGACGCUCUUCAAAGCAGGACCAAGAUUGAGGAGGAAAUCCGCCUCAUCAGGAUCCAACUUGAGACAACAGUUAAACAAAAGUCUACUGCAGAAUCUGAGCUUGAGCAACUUCGUGACAGAGCAGAUGAAGCUGAGAAACUCAGAAAGGCCGCCCAGGAAGAAGCUGAGAAGCUCCGCAAACAAGUCAAUGAAGAGACCCAGAAAAAACGCAUGGCAGAGGAAGAACUCAAACGCAAAUCUGAGGCUGAGAAAGAAGCUGCUAAGCAAAAGCAAAAAGCUCUGGAAGACCUUGAAAACCUCAGGAGGCAGGCAGAGGAGGCUGAAAGGCAAGUGAAGCAAGCUGAGAUUGAAAAGGAGAGGCAAAUCCAGGUUGCCCAGGAGGUAGCCCAGAAGAGUGCCGCUGCUCAGCUCCAGAGCAAACACAUGUCCUAUGUGGAAAAGACCUCAAAAUUGGAGGAAACAUUAAAACAAGAGCAUGGUGCUGUCCUUCAACUGCAAGAAGAAGCGGCGCGUCUCAAGAAACAACAGGAGGAUGCGAUAAAUGCCAGAGAAGAGGCAGAAAAAGAGCUUGAGAAAUGGAGGCAAAAAGCUAAUGAGGCCCUUCGUCUAAGACUCCAGGCUGAGGAGGAAGCCCACAAAAAGAGCCUUGCUCAAGAAGAAGCUGAGAAACAAAAGGAGGAUGCUGAGCGUGAAGCUAAAAAGAGAGCCAAAGCUGAAGAGUCAGCCCUGAAGCAGAAAGAAAUGGCUGAGAAAGAACUUGAGAAACAGAGGAUGGUAGCUGACAGCACGGCUCAGCAGAAACUCACUGCAGAACAGGAACUGAUUCGACUUAGAGCAGACUUUGACAACGCAGAACAGCAGAGAUCCAUCCUUGAAGAUGAACUGUACCGCCUGAAGAAUGAAGUUAUUUCAGUUCAACAACAAAAGAAACAGCUGGAGGAUGAACUGGCCAAAGUCCGGAGUGAAAUGGAUGUACUUUUUCAGCUUAAAUCCAAAGCAGAAAAGGAGACCUUGUCCAACACAGAGAAGAGCAAACAACUUCUUGAGGCUGAAGCUGCCAAGAUGAGGGAUGUGGCUGAGGAAGCAAGCAAGCUGAGAGCCAUUGCCGAAGAGGCCAAGCAUCAGAGGCAAGUUGCUGAGGAGGAGGCAGCUCGUCAGAGAGCAGAGGCUGAGAGGAUUCUCAAAGAGAAGCUGGCUGCCAUCAGUGAGGCCACUCGUUUAAAAACGGAGGCUGAAAUUGCCCUGAAGGAGAAGGAGGCAGAAAACGAAAGACUGCGGCGACAAGCUGAGGAUGAAGCUUACCAGAGGAAAGCUCUUGAAGACCAGGCCAAUCAGCAUAAGCAGGAGAUUGAGGAAAAGAUAGUCCUACUCAAAAAAUCAUCGGAGGCUGAAAUGGAAAGACAAAAGGCAAUAGUGGAUGACACAUUGAAACAGAGGCGAAUUGUCGAAGAAGAAAUCCGAAUUCUGAAGCUCAACUUUGAAAAGGCUUCAUCUGGAAAACUUGAUCUGGAGCUAGAACUGAACAAACUGAAAAACAUUGCAGAGGAAACACAACAAAGCAAACUAAGAGCAGAGGAGGAGGCAGAAAAACUAAGGAUGCUUGCCCUUGAGGAGGAAAAGAGGAGGAGGGAAGCAGAGGAGAAGGUUAAGAUUAUUGCUGCUGCAGAGGAAGAGGCAGCCAGACAACGCAUGGCAGCUCAAGAAGAGCUUGAUCGCCUGAAGAAGAAAGCAGAAGAAGCCAGAAAGCAGAAAGAGGAGGCCGACAUUGAAGCAGAAAAACAGAUUGUUGCUGCCCAACAAGCAGCCCAGAAAUGCAGUGCAGCUGAGCACCAAGUCCAGAGUGUCCUUGCCCAACAGAAGGAAGAUAUCAUCAUGCAGCAGAAGCUUAAGGAAGAGUACGAGAAAGCCAAAAAGCUUGCCAAAGAGGCAGAGGCUGCUAGGGAGAAGGCAGAGAGGGAGGCUGCCCUCCUUCGUCAACAAGCAGAGGAAGCAGAACGGCAAAAGGCAGCUGCUGAGCAAGAAGCUGUAAAUCAAGCCAAAGCUCAGGAGGAUGCCGAGAGGUUGAGGAAGGAGGCCGAAUUUGAAGCUGCUAAACUAGCACAAGCAGAAGCUUCAGCACUCAAGCAGAAGCAACAAGCCGAUGCUGAAAUGGCAAAGCACAAAAAACUAGCAGAGCAAACACUGAAACAGAAGUUCCAAGUGGAGCAAGAGCUUACAAAGGUGAAACUUAAGCUUGAUGAUACUGAUAAACAGAAAUCUCUACUGGAUGAAGAGCUGCAGCGCUUGAAGAAUGAGGUUGAUGAUGCUGUCAAACAGAGGGGGCAGGUGGAGGAGGAGCUGUUCAAAGUCAAGGUUCAGAUGGAGGAGCUACUCAAACUGAAAAACAGAAUCGAGGAGGAAAAUCAACGCCUGAUUAAGAAAGACAAAGAUAACACACAGAAAUUCCUGGCAGAGGAAGCUGAAAAUAUGAAGAGGCUUGCAGAGGAUGCUGCUAGACUCAGUGUAGAAGCCCAAGAGGCUGCACGCUUGAGACAGGUUGCAGAAGAUGAUCUCAAUCAGCAACGAGCUCUUGCAGAUAAAAUGCUCAAAGAAAAAAUGCAGGCCAUACAAGAGGCAUCUAGGUUCAGAGCUGAAGCAGAGAUGCUCCAAAGACAAAAGGACUUGGCUCAGGAGCAGGCACAAAAGUUGCUGGAGGAUAAACAACUGAUGCAACAGCGUCUGGAAGAGGAAACUGAAGAAUACCAGAAGUCACUUGAAGCAGAGAGGAAAAGGCAAUUGGAGAUCGUAGCUGAGGCCGAGAAACUCAAACUUCAGGUUUCUCAGCUCAGUGAAGCCCAGGCCAAAGCUGAGGAGGAGGCUAAAAAAUUCAAGAAACAAGCUGAUCUGAUUGCUGUCCGUCUUCAUGAGACUGAAAUAACCACCCAGGCAAAAAUGACUGAAGUGGCUAAACUGGCAUCUGAAAAACAGAAUACCAGCAAAGAGGCUUGCGAUUUACGCAAGGCAAUCGCAGACCUAGAGAGGGAGAAGGAUAGACUGAAAAAGGAAGCAGAAGAACUUCAAAAUAAGUCUAAAGAGAUGGCCGAUGCACAGCAGAAACAAAUUGAAAAAGAGAAGAUAGCCCUCGAGCAGACAUUCCUUACAGAAAAGGAGAUGCUUUUAAAGAAGGAGAAGCUGAUUGCAGAGGAGAAAAAGAAGCUGGAGAGCCAGUAUGAAAAGGAAGUCAAAAAGGCCCAAGCUCUCAAAGAUGAACAGGAACGCCAGAGACAGCAGAUGGAGGAGGAAAAGAAGAAACUCCAUGCUACAAUGGAUGAGGCCCUCCAUAAACAAAAAGAGGCUGAGCAAGAAAUGCUCAACAAGCAAAAAGAAUUGCAGGAUAUGGAGAGGAAGAGACUAGAGCAGGAAAGGAUUCUUGCAGAAGAGAACCAGAAAUUGCGUGAGAAGCUGCAGCAGCUUGAAGAAGCACAAAAGAAUGUCCCUGACAAAGAGACCAUACGUGUGACAAUGGUUGGGUCACAAAGUGCAGUUUACAAUGGCCAAAAUACUGGUGAUGCAGCAGACAGUGUGGAGAAGAAACCAGAUCCCUUGUCUUUCGAUGGCAUACGUGAGAGGGUACCUGCAAGCAGACUUCAUGAUGUUGGCCUUCUAUCCAAGAAGGAAUUUGACCAGCUAAAGAAAGGCAAAAUCACUGUUCAAGAUCUUGGUGAGACUGAAGCACUGAGAAGAAUUCUUAAAGGAAAGAACGGCAUUGCUGGUGUUUUGACGCCAUCUAAUGAAAAAAUGUCAAUCUACCAAGCAUCAAAAGAGAAAAAGAUUACUCCAGGCACAGCUAUGAUCCUUCUUGAAGCCCAAGCAGCCAGCGGUUACAUGUUAGACCCUAUUAAGAAUCAGAAACUUUCUGUAAAUGAGGCUGUCAAAGAAGGCGUUAUUGGCCCUGAACUGCACAACAAAAUGCUUCUGGCUGAGAGGGCAGUUAUUGGCUACAAAGAUCCAUACACUGGUGGGAAGAUCUCUGUCUUUGAAGCCAUGAAGAAAGGUCUGAUAGAACAUGAUCAUGCCAUCAGAAUCCUUGAGGCUCAGCUUGCAACUGGUGGCAUCGUUGACCCAAUCAAUAGUCACCGUGUACCCAAUGAAACAGCCUACAAACAGGGACAAUAUGAUGCUGAAAUGAACAAGAUCAUGGAGAAACCUUCAGAUGACACAAAGGGAUACUUUGACCCAAGCACUCAGGAACCUUUGACAUAUGCUGAGUUGAUGGCGAGAUGCACCACUGACCCUGACACCAAUCUGCUACUCUUGCCAAUCACAGACAAAGCUGCUCAGUGCUCAAGUAUAUACACAGAGGAGGAGACCAAGGAUGUGUUCAGCAAAACAACUGUGUCCGUGCCAUUUGGACGGUUUCAGGGCAAGACUGUCACCAUUUGGGAAAUUAUCAAUUCUGAGUACUUCACUGAAGACCAGAAGAAGGAUCUUCUCCGUCAAUACAAGACAGGAAAAAUCACAAUUGAAAAAAUCAUUAAGAUUGUGAUUACUGUGGCAGAGGACAAAGAGAAGAAGAAUGAAAUUACCUUUGAUGGUCUGAGAGCACCAGUUCCUGCCACUGAACUCCUGGAAUCCAAAAUCAUUGAUAAAGACCUCUACAACAAAUUGCACAAGGGCAAUAAGACAGUCAAGGAGGUAUCUGAAAUGGAGCCUGUCCACAAAGCAUUGAAGGGUACAAACUGUAUUGCAGGUGUAGUUAUCGACUCAUCCAAGGAGACAAUGUCUUUCUAUCAGGCUAUGAAGAAGGACAUGAUGAGGGCAGAGACUGCUUUGCAUAUGCUUGAAGCCCAAGCAGGCACAGGCUACGUGGUUGACCCUGUCAAUAAUCAGAAGCACACAGUUGAUGAAGCCGUCAAAGCAGGAGUUGUUGGUCCUGAGCUGCAUGAAAAACUCCUGUCUGCAGAGCGGGCUGUUACAGGUUACAAAGAUCCUUAUACUGGCAAGACUGUAUCUUUGUUCCAAGCGAUGAAAAAAGAUCUCAUACCUAAAGAACAAGGAAUCCGACUGCUCGAUGCCCAAAUGGCCACCGGUGGCAUCAUUGAUCCAGUAAAGAGCCAUCACAUUCCUCAUGAUGUGGCAUGCAAGAGAAACUAUUUUGAUGAUGAAAUGAAAGAGAUUCUCAACAACCCCACUGAUGAAACUAAAUGCUUCUAUGACCCCAACACAAAAGAAAAUGUCACAUACUCAGAGCUCUUCAAGAGAUGUGUCCCUGACAAGAAAACUGGUCUCCCUCUCCUGCCUCUUUCUGAUGAAGCAAUCAGUGCAAAGGAGGAGCCAACAUACACCGAUGCCCAGACAAAAGAGGCCAUGACUCAGGCAACUGUGGAGCUCGACUCUGGACCAUUUAAGGGCAGGAAGAUGACCAUCUGGGACAUCAUCAACUCUGAAUAUCUCACUGAGGAACAAAGGCUUGACCUGCUCAGACAGUUUAGGUCAGGAAAGGUUACAAUUGAAAAGAUAAUCAAGAUCGUCAUCACAAUCGUAGAUGAGAAAGAGGCCAAGAAGCGAGAACAGUCCAACUUCAAGGGGCUUAGAGCUCCUGUCCCAGCCAGUUCUCUGUAUGAUUCAAAAAUCAUUGACAAACCAACAUUUGACCUUCUUCAACAAGGCAAAACAACACCUAAACAAGUUAGUGAGAAUCCCAAUGUCAAUAAAUACCUCCAGGGCUCUGAUAGCAUCGCUGGCAUCUACCUGGAGCCAACCAAAGAGAAAGUAAGCAUUUAUCAGGCUAUGAAGAAAAAGCUCCUCAGACACAACACAGGUCUUUCACUUUUGGAGGCCCAGGCAGCCACUGGAUUCCUUGUAGAUCCAGUGAGAAACCAGUGCCUGACAGUAGAUGAGGCAGUGAAGUCAGGUCUUGUUGGUCCAGAACUACAUGAAAAACUUCUCUCUGCAGAAAAAGCUGUCACUGGCUAUAAAGAUCCAUUUACAGGCAACAAAAUCUCCCUCUUUGAAGCAGUGCAAAAAGAUCUCAUCCUGAAAGAGCAUGCCAUGCCACUGAUAGAGGCACAGAUGGUUAGUGGAGGAAUCAUUGAUCCUGUAAACAGCCACCGUGUCCCAACUGAUGUUGCAUAUCAGAAGAACAUUUUCAGCAAAGAAAUGGCCAAGGCUCUAUCUGAACCAUCUGAUGAUAAUAAGGCUUUCUCAGACCCAGAGACUGAUGAGAAUGCUACCUACAGACAGCUUAAAGACAAGUGCCACAGAGAUCCAGAGACAGGCCUGUACAUCCUUCCACUCUCCAAGCCUCAGUCUCCAACUGUUGUAGAGAAGACAUAUCUCUACACGGAGGAACAAACACAGAGUGACCUGGCCAGUACCCAGAUUGACAUUCCAAUCGAGGGCCUUGCUGAUAAACCAGUGAACCUGUGGGAAAUCAUGAACUCAAAUUUGCUUCCAGAACAAGAGAGGCAGAAGCUCAUGGAUGACUAUCGCUCUGGUAAAAUCACUAAAGAGAGGAUGAUCAUCAUUAUUAUUGAGAUCAUGGAGCAGAGAGAGAUAAUCAGAAAUGACAGUCCACUGUCAUACAAGACUAUAAGGAGAAGGAUAACUAUUGAGGAGCUGUACAAUGCCCGCAUCAUUGACUUGGAGACAUACAACCUCCUUAAACAGGGCAAGAGGGACAUCCGUGACAUAAUGGAGAUGACAAAUGUGAAACAGUAUCUCUAUGGCACAGGCUGUGUUGCUGGGGUCGCAACAGACUCAAGUUCCAAGCUAAGCAUAUACCAAGCAAUGAAGAGAGGCUUUAUUAAACCAGAACUAGCCCUCAGCCUCCUAGAAGCACAAGCUGCUACAGGAUUCAUUGUUGAUCCACAUAAAAAUGAAACGCUUACGGUGGAUGAAGCUGUACGUAAGGAAGUUGUCGGCCCUGAGAUCCAUGAUAAACUUCUGUCAGCUGAGAGAGCAGUCACAGGGUACAAAGAUCCAUACAGUGGUAAAAUCAUAUCUCUUUUCCAGGCUAUGAAAAAGGAUCUUGUUCCAGAGGAUUAUGCUCUGAAAAUGUUAGAGGCACAGACUGCCACUGGUGGAAUUAUUGAUCCUGAAUUCCAGUUCCACCUGCCAGCAGACAUUGCCAUGCAAAGAGGUUACAUCAACAAGGAAACCAAUGAAAAGCUGACUUACAGUGUUAAAGGAUUCACCGACCCUGUCACUGAUGAGGACGUAUCAUAUGCAGAGCUUCUCAAGAGAUGCAAGUUAGAUGGUGGGUUGCGCCUACUCUCCCUGGGAGACAAGAGGCUGAUGUUCAAGGGUCUGAGGAAACAGAUCACGAUGGAGGAGCUGCUCCGCUCACAAAUUAUUGACCAGGAGACUGUCACUAAACUGAAUGAAGGUAGUAUUUCAGUGGAGGAGGUUACAGAUAAACUAUCAAGGUACCUAGAGGGCACAAGCUGUAUUGCUGGUGUAUUUUUAGAAUCUGCAAAGGAGCGUCUAUCAAUUUACCAGGCCAUGAAGAAGAACAUGAUAAGGCCAGGCACAGCAUUCGAACUCCUUGAGGCACAGGCAGCCACAGGAUAUGUCAUUGAUCCAAUCAAAAACCUUAAACUGACUGUCAGUGAAGCAGUGAAAAUGGGAAUUGUAGGACCUGAAUUCAAAGACAAGCUCCUCUCUGCUGAGCGUGCCGUGACAGGGUAUAGAGAUCCUUACACAGGCAAGACAAUCUCUCUGUUCCAGGCCAUGAAAAAGGGGCUUAUCUUGAAAGAUCAUGGUAUCCGUCUCCUGGAAGCCCAGAUAGCUACUGGUGGAAUCAUUGACCCAGAGGAAAGUCACCGUCUGCCAGUUGAGGUGGCCUACAAACGUGGCUUCUUUGAUGAGGAAAUGAAUGAGAUCUUGACAGAUCCAUCUGAUGACACCAAAGGCUUCUUUGAUCCCAACACUGAGGAAAACCUGACCUACCUCCAGCUCAUGGAGAGGUGCAUCACUGAUCCUGACACUGGCCUGGUGCUCCUGCUACUGAAAGAAAAGAAGCGGGAAAGGAAGACCUCCUCCAAAUCCUCAGUUCGUAAACGCAGAGUAGUCAUUGUAGACCCUGAGACUGGCAAAGAGAUGACUGUGUACGAGGCCUACAGAAAGGGGCUAAUUGACCACCAAACCUACCUGGAGCUUGCUGAGCAGGAGUGUGAAUGGGAAGAGAUCACAAUGACCUCAUCUGAUGGUACUGUCAAAUCCAUCAUCAUUGACAGGAGAUCAGGAAGACAGUAUGAUGUUGAUGAUGCUCUUUCACGUGGCCUCAUUGACCAGAAAGCCCUUGAUACAUACCGAUCUGGAAACCUAGCUAUCACAGAAUUUGCUGACAUGCUUUCUGGAAACGUGGGAGGUAUUCGCUCACGCUCAUCCUCUUUUGGUUCCACCACUGGUUCCACCUACUCCUCUCCCAUGAGCCCCAUACCCUCCAUUAAAGCACCUGCAGUCAUAUGGAAUGACCCAGCAGAGGAGAUUUGCCCCAUAGCAGGAAUAUUGGACAUAGACACACUGGAGAAGGUGUCUAUCACUGAGGCCAUACACAGGAACCUUGUAGACAACAUCACUGGCCAAAGACUGUUAGAGGCUCAAGCCUGCACAGGAGGAAUAAUUGACCCCGUAACUGGGGAGAGAUUCACAGUUGCUGAUGCUACAGAAAAAGGCCUUGUGGAUAAAAUCAUGGUUGAUCGCCUCAACCUGGCUCAGAAAGCAUUCAAAGGAUUUGAAGACCCCAGAACUAAAGAAAAGAUGUCUGCCUCCCAAGCCCUCAAGAAAGGCUGGUUGUACUAUGAGGCUGGGCAGCGUUUCCUUGAGGUCCAAUAUCUGACUGGUGGACUUAUUGAGCCUGAUGUGGAGGGAAGAGUGUCGCUAGAUGAAUCUAUCAGGAAGGGCACAAUUGAUGCCCGCACUGCCCAGAAACUGAGAGAUGCCGGUGCUUAUUCUAAAUAUCUAACAUGUCCAAAAACCAAACUGAAAAUCUCCUUCAAAGAUGCCAUGGACAAAAGCAUGGUUGAGGAAGGAACUAGCUUAAGACUUCUGGAGGCUUCCUCACAAUCCAGCAAAGGCCUCUACAGUCCCUACAAUGCCAGUGGGCCUGGAUCUGCCUAUGGCUCCCGGUCUGGCUCAAGGACCGGAUCCCGAUCAGGCUCCAGAAGAGGCAGCAUUGAUGCUGGCUUCAGCAUGAGCUUCUCAUCCUCCUCCUACACAUCCUCUUCAACUAGCUACGGCCGCAGAUUCUGAUUAGAUAGUUCUGUCCCUAACAAUGGCCCAAGUGUCUAAGAACCAACAAUACUAAUGCACUUUAUAGUUGCAUUUUUUUUUUUUAACAGGAAAAAAUAGUUACAGUAACAUGGAAAUAUAAUUUAUUUAUUCUGCCCUGCAUGUAGUCACAUCAACAACUGCCUAGGCUAAUUGAUUUUUUUCACAUAUAACAGAUGUCUAAACAUGUGCCUCAUAUAUGGAGACAUUACCAAGCAUUGCUAGAAAUAUAAGAUAUUAUUUUUCUUUAGUACUAAUUACCAGUCAGUUUAUAUUUUUCAAGGCAAAGCAUGACAUUUCUGCUGGUUUUUAAAUGACUUUAUAGUUUUCAUUAUACACUUGUUAAAAAGUUGUAUAGUUGUGCUUUCUGAAACUAAUAUAUACUGUAUGUAUGUCAAACAGAGAUAUUUUUCCAGUAUUCCUUUGAAAUUCAAGGAUAUUUGUCUAUUUUUUAUCUUUUUUGACAGUCCUACUUGACGAGAUACUGUAUGACAACCUAGUUCUAGUGUUUUUAACAGAUUCUAAAAUACAUAGAUGCCUUUACAUUUCUGAAUAUUUGUAUAGAGUAUGGACAUAUUUUGUGUUGUGAUUUUUUUGUGAAAUGUUACCUGGGUAACUAAAUAAUACACCCAGCAAAAAUACACCUGUGAGACACUACAAAAUAAGACACUACAACAGUAUAACACUGAAAAGACAUGCCAGAAUUAAAAUUAUGCAGACCAUUCUGAAACCAGUUUCACAUCUGUCAUUAUUUUGUACUCACACCCGUUUAUUUAGUGGUCUUGCAUCCUUUGGGUUUAUUACACCAUUGUUUUACACACUCCCAAGUUUUAGAUUCUUUAUGUUCACCAUCAGUCAAGUGUUCCUGGUUAAUCCCAAGAUGAUGUCAGACUUGAUCCUGCUCUGCCAUACUGACCUACGUCCUGUUAUUUUGGUUCUUCUGCCUCAGCCCCCCAGAAUCCAGCAUUUGAGCACAGAUACUCAGUUGGACGGAGCAUACAGUCCCUUCAGUUUGGAUGGAUUCGUGAGUCCAUGUCAUCCUCACGCAGUUACACAGAUCUGCCAUUGAGUAUGCCCUUUCUUCCAUUGUACAUCACAUUUGAAGAAAGCUGAGGCUGAGUCAACCUGACAUCAUCUCGGGAUGCCUUUCUAGGAACACUCUUUAUUCAUAACCUUUUUUUAUAUAUAUAUAUUUAUUACUUGAAUGCCAACAGUGAUAUUUAUGUUGUCAUAUCCUGAUUUCUUAAGACAACACUCCCAAAGCAAACACAUCUGCAUGUGUUGUUCUUCAUUUAAAUUUGGAUUAAGUAUAGUAGUAGAGCAGCACAUCUCUUAGGUCCACUGGUAUAUUUUCGUAUUAUGUCUCUGUAAAUUCAAUCCUACCAAAGUGCUAAGAGGAUACAUUUGGACAAUUGACAUGUUUGAUACAGCACCACAUUGCAUGAAUGUAUGUAUUAUAUCAAAUUAACUCUUUCAGUUGACAUUUUGCAAACAGAAAGUUUGAUGCUUUAUUUUGCUUAUAGUUAUUUUUCUGCAGCAAGUAUUUCUGUUAUGUAUCUCUAAAGUGUUUUACCACUGUAAAUCUUUUUAUUUUUGUUUUCAUCAAGUUUUUGAUAUAUCAUGAAUUUGCCUUGCAUGUUUUACUAACCUUACAAAGGAUGAUUUGGGGGACAAUGUUCAUUAUAAAAUAAAGACAACUGCACAUGUAGCUGUGCUGAUUUUAAUUUUAGCAAUAUACCAAUUCACAAACUAACUGGUUCGUUUUGCGUAUGGGGCAGAUUUUGCUUUUAAUGAUGUGGUGAGUGGAUUUUGUUGUAUGAACAUUAACACAAUGUUGUAAAUAAAUAUGCUCUGAGGA